UUGUUUCAUUAAAUGUUUUAUACCAUUCGAAAAAUGAAACUUUUGUGGAUUUUAAUGCUUUUACUGUUUGUUUGUGUACUGAUAGAUGGUAAGGUUGUCUAUCGAACUCGAUGGCCAAAAUACGAACCGAAAAAUACAUAUGCCGAGCCAGUCAAGCCGAAAGACUACUGCAAAGCAAAUCUUUGCCCUGCGGGUCAAAAGCAUGUAACCUGUGGGAAAAUGUUUUGGAGUACCCAAUGUGGCCCCCGGCACGAGGGCUUGGAUAUAAACUAUUGCAUGAGGAAGAUUGUGAAGGUUCUUAACAAACUUCGGGCCCAAGUAGUGAACGGAAAGACCCAGCUGCCGCAGGGAAAGGAAAUGCCCGAGGUGACGUGGGACAAAGAACUUGCCACUAUGGCGAUGCGGGUUAACAACCAGUGCAACGAUUACCCCGUCGGACUUUGUGCAAACACGAUGCGCUAUAGGGAAGUGGGCGAGUCCUCCGACUUUCGCUUCCUGGAUGCUCAGCCUAAUAUAAACGUAAUCGGCUUCUUCAGGAGCUGGUUCGAGCAAGCGUCCAAGAUGCAACACGGCGACGUUUCUAACUUCCCGAGCUUGACCGGUCUGAAUCCGGAGGUUCUGGCGUUCGCCAACAUGAUUAACUCCAAGGUUACAAAGUUUGGCUGUGGAGUUCUUACCACAACCAAAAAGCGAUUUAUCACCUGUAUAUUCGACAAGAGGCUUAAGCCUGGCCAGCAGCUCUACGAGCUAAAAGGGGGAGGGAAACGAAAUCUUGAUGUGCCAGAAAAUAAUAAUGAAUCUAAAAUUUAAA